AUGGCACCAGAGCAGAAGAAGAAGAAGAAGAGCCGCCCCGGAAAGCAUCAGCGCCAGUACCACAAGGCGAAGAAAGCCCGCGAAGCCCGCGCGAAGUGGCACGAGGCCGAGAACAAGGUCUUUCCGGACACGGGAACGGAUCCCAACGGAAAGCCGAUGGAGUCAACGGAAGAACGCCAGUCCCCUCAGGGCGAUAAGGUUGUCGCGCCCGAACAGAGAAUCGAAGAAGCAGCGCCAUACGAUCGCGAGUACCGUCCUGAGCCAGAGCCCCAGAAGAAUACAGGCAAGAACAAGAAGAGCCAGAAGAAGCGCCUUCAUCACUUCACCGUUCAUCACGGGGAACAGAUGAUCAGGCGCCAACAGAUCAACGAGAGAUCCAUUCGUCUCAUCUGGAAGGCAACCGAUGAGAAUCAGACCAUAUCGGAGAAGAAGCACAAAGAGAUCAAUGAGAGAGCCGCGGUCAUCGAGAAGCACUUCAACCUCGCGGCUGAGCAGGGCAGUGCUAUGCAGAGAGAUAUCAAGAAGCUUCAGGAGACUAUCAAUACUAUGCAGCAGGAUAUUGACACAAUGAGAGAGGCGGCUGAGAGCCAAGGGGCCGAGAUUUCUGAGCUCAAGAGUAAGCUUGCUGCUGCUCUUCCUCGCCAGGAAGGAAGUGCGGAUGAACACACCGGAGAUGUCCAGCUUGGUCGGAUGGAGGAUGAUGAAAAGACUGCCCGCGACGAGAUCAAGGCUUUACAGCGAGGUUACGAAGAGAUAAAGGCUGAGAUGGCUGUUAUGAAGGAGCAGAUGAGUGAGACCGGACGGAAGCGACUUCGCAGCGAUGAGAACGACGAGGCUGAAGGAGGCCCUCAGAAGAAGGCCAAGGGACUUGCAGCUGAUGAGACUGGAGAGGGAAAUCGCGAGCAAGGCCUCAAGCCGAAGGCUGAGGAGGAGACCUGGUUGCCUACCCGACUUCGAGAGGGCAGAAAGACCACUGCCUACUAUUGA